UUACUUUUAUUAGUUCAACGAAAUUUUUAUUUCUAAAUUCUACUAUAAUUUAAACAUAUUCAAAUGUGAUCUAAUUAUCAUGGUAUAAUUAACUUUUUAAUUCAGAAAUAUAGAAAAAAACCCAACGUCUGUUGUUUACGUAUUUACCGGCUGAUUGUUUCCCUAUUUGCGAAACGCACGCGAUGCUUUCCUACCUUAUUUUCCGUUUAUGGAUGUCAAUAUAUUAGAUUAGUUAACGAAGAUAAUACAUGCUUAUCGAUAGUGAUUCCUCAACUUGCUCUCUCUGUGGCAUCUCAUCAUUCCUCAGCGUCGUAUUGUGAAAUAGUAUUAUCUAAAAAUUCAAACUUAUCGGUCACUCCCAAAUCUCUGCUGCAUGGUGUGAUAUUAUACUAAACAACAUCGUGUGAAAUAAGUGAGUGUUAUUAAAUAAAAUGGUGAAAUGUUAUAGGAAGACUGUGUCUUUGUCGGAUAUUUGGGUGUCGUCGAACGACAAAGUAAGUGAUUUUUACGCGUCGUCAUGGCAACGAGGAGAGUCUCCUUUACCGCUGCUGGUAGUAAGAGUACUACUGGCUGCGGUGGCACUGGGCAUCCUGGUGUUUUCAUUGACUAGCGGCGCUUCACCUUACUGGCCCAUCUACCUUACCAACUGGGGAUUGAUAAUGCUGACCAUGAUGACGCUCAGCGGACUAAUCGUCUCGUGGGUUGCUGUAUGUAAAUCCACUUUUAAAGAGACAAGUGAUCUGCCCUGGUAUGUCAGUACAUAUUGGUUUCUAUACAAUAUAGCCGUCUCCAACGCACUAAUUAUCACAGUUCUGUUCUGGUCUCUACUGUAUAAAUCAGAAAACUAUGAAGAUGAUGAUGAUGGUCGUUUGUUUUGGCUGGAUAUAUCAACGCAUGCGAUAAAUUCUUGUGUAGCACUAACCGAAGUGUUAGCGUCGAGGACACCAGUGCGACUUUUACAUUUCUACCAGCCAUUAAGUAUAGGAUUGUGGUACGCAGCGUUCACCGCUGUGUAUUAUGCGGCAGACGGCACCGACGGAAAUGGAAACCCUUACAUCUAUGAGGUUCUAGACUGGAACGAAGGAAAUCGUGCAGGCGCAAUAGUGGCCGCGUCAGCAGCCGGCCUGCUCGUCAUAUACUUGAUGGUAUGGGGACUAGCGUUCUGCAGAGACAAGAUCUCAAUAUCCCUGAUCCGCACUAUCAGCCACAAUUUGCCCACAGUCCCUGAUACUCGAUUAGACACCAGAAUUUUAGAAUAAAACGAAACUAUUGUGAGUCAUGCUGAGUUAUAACUAUUUCUAUCGGCUUUUCUAACAGUUUUGGGUUUGCCCGACCACAUAAUUUCGCACUCGAUAGAUCUUAUCUAUUUCUAGAAUACAUGUCACGUCAUCUCUUAGCAUUUAUUAUAUAUACAUAUAUAAUAUAUAUGUAGAAAUAAAAUUAUGAUCUCUGUUAUCCUACCUUAUCAAAAACAAACUUUCAUUAAUUUGUAGAAAACAUCUUGUAUCAAAACCCUCGUAUCAAAGUACAUUAGAGUGUCAUAAAUCUGUAGAUACUAAUUACCAAUAAUCCAUACCACAGAAAGUUAAUAUUUAAAAUGGUACCGAAUUUGUAAAAAUACAAGGAAUAUGCCAUUUAGGAUUGAGGGAACUAGUAUGUAAUUCAAUCAAACAACGUGUUUAGGCAUACAAUUGGUAUUAACAAAAUA